UUGUUAGUCACAAGGAACCAUAAUCAUUGUGAAGUAGUUUGUGUAUUUGUUGUAGAGAUGUUUGACAGCACUGACAGUCUGAGGUGAACACGAGCCGCCUAUCAGAGGAGAUAUGAGGGGGAAAGUGUGUGUGUAGCUCCAGUCAGGGAUCUGAGUCUGAGGCUUGGGUUGGACAUUUGAGUGCGAUGCCGAACAAAACAAAAAAAGACAAGGAAUCGCCGAAGUCUGGAAAAGUCAGCAAAUCUGCAGCACAAGAAAAUUCAGAUCAUGAGGGGUCUAACCGGAAGGGCAGCAAUAGUGUGCCACCCACCACACAGAUGCUGAAGGGGAAACAGUCUGGAUCUCAAGCUCCUGUCAAAAAGGAGAAGAGGCAAAGCUCCUCUCGCUUCAGUCUCAGCAAUAAUCGGGAGCUUCAGAAACUGCCUGCUUUCAAAGAUGUGCCCCCAGCGGAGCAGGAGAAUCUGUUCGUACAGAAGCUGCGGCAGUGCUGCGUGCUCUUUGACUUCGUAUCAGACCCACUGAGCGACCUGAAAUGGAAGGAGGUGAAGCGGGCGGCGCUCAGUGAGAUGGUGGAAUACAUCACACACAACAGGAAUGUCAUCACUGAGCCCAUUUACCCAGAAGUGGUGCACAUGUUUGCAAUCAACAUGUUCAGGACAUUACCGCCCUCAUCGAACCCAACAGGGGCAGAAUUUGACCCAGAGGAGGAUGAGCCCACGUUAGAGGCUGCCUGGCCACACCUGCAGCUCGUCUAUGAGUUCUUCCUUCGGUUUUUAGAGUCUCCAGACUUCCAACCAAACAUAGCCAAAAAGUACAUUGACCAGAGGUUUGUCAUGCAGCUCUUAGAACUCUUUGACAGCGAAGACCCUCGAGAAAGAGACUUCCUGAAAACCACUCUGCACCGCAUUUAUGGCAAAUUUCUAGGCCUCAGGGCCUACAUCAGGAAGCAGAUUAAUAACAUAUUUUAUAGGUUCAUUUAUGAAACGGAGCAUCAUAACGGAAUAGCAGAGUUACUUGAAAUAUUAGGAAGCAUAAUCAAUGGGUUCGCCUUACCACUUAAAGAAGAGCACAAGAUAUUCUUGUUGAAAGUUUUGUUGCCUUUGCAUAAAGUCAAAUCUCUCAGUGUUUAUCACCCACAGCUGGCUUAUUGUGUUGUACAGUUUUUGGAGAAGGACAGCACUCUGACUGAGCCGGUGGUCAUGGCUCUUUUGAAGUACUGGCCGAAGACACACAGCCCAAAAGAGGUGAUGUUCCUCAAUGAGCUUGAGGAGAUCCUGGAUGUAAUUGAGCCCUCUGAGUUUGUCAAGGUCAUGGAGCCUCUGUUCAGGCAGUUGGCAAAGUGCGUCUCCAGCCCACACUUUCAGGUUGCAGAGCGGGCCCUGUAUUACUGGAACAAUGAGUACAUCAUGAGUCUGAUCAGUGACAAUGCAGCCAGAAUAUUGCCCAUCAUGUUUCCGUCCCUUUACCGAAACUCCAAAACCCAUUGGAACAAGACAAUCCAUGGUUUGAUCUACAAUGCUUUGAAGCUAUUUAUGGAGAUGAAUCAGAAACUCUUCGAUGACUGCACACAGCAGUUCAGAGCAGAGAAAAACAAAGAGAAGCUAAAGUGGAAAGAGCGUGAGGAAGCCUGGAUAAAGAUAGAAAACCUUGCCAAGUCAAACCCCCAGUUCCUCUUGUAUAUUGACUCAACCAACUUAGGUAGCCCAAUGGAGAUUGAAACAGACAGCAUAGGGAUAGAUGAUGUCACAGCACUCAAAAAGACAGUAGAAGAAGAAGCAACACAGAUUCAGAGGGAGCAGCGGAAAGAGCGGCCACUAAUGCGUCGCAAAUCAGAGCUUCCUCACGACAUGUCCACCGUAAAGGCCCUGGAAACCCACCGGCGUGCAGACGACAUGAUAACCACCCGUGAUGGCCACUAAAGGUGCAGAGCAGCUCAGAGGCAAAGGCCGAGAACAGCGCGCCCAGUGCACAGCAGCAGAGGCAGCAGCAGCAGCACACGAUGGCCUGGUGUGACCCGGAAAUCUGGACACACGCUUAGCUCUGCUCCCAUAAAGAGCCACAGUGACCCUCCCUUGGCCAGUGCCCCUACGCUGGAGUUUAUUUUAUUUUAGACCUUCUCAGGUGUACAUUUUUUUGUGGACUUUUUCCCACAGAUCUCUCCCUUUCUUGUCACAUGCAUCUGCACUGAUUUCCCCCUCCCCAACACUUACCAUUAAUUGUUAUUAAAAGAGUAGGUGCUAAGGCGAAAACAGUGAAUGGGUCAUUUUCAGCACAGGAGCACUUGCAGUUUGACUGCUGACCAUUGUGUUUUAAUUGAGCAAAAGCCUCUUGACCCACAGGAAUAUGGGAGAGUGCAGAUUUUGGGUGAAAAUGUGUAUACAGCUCUAACCUUUGUUUUCAGGACAUAGCUGCUAUUGCCUCAGACUGGUAGUUCAUGUCCGUGUAUGUGUGAUGUUUGUUUCUUGUGUUAUCUGGUCCAGCAGUGGGGACUGUCAGCCAAGUGUCACUGUUUGGCAAAUGGAGCAGAUAUAUAUAUAUAUAUAUAUAUAUAUAUAUAUAUAUAUAUAUAUAUAUAUAUAUAUAUAAAAACAAGCUUGCCAGACUUUUGGAAGCUCAUAAUCUUGGUGAACAUCUAAAAGAAAAUAUUCCUCUGUAGAAAUUAGGUCCUGUGCCAAUUUAUUUUGUUGUAAUAUAUUUUUAGAUGCUAUUCAGUACACCUGGCUAUAAGUUCACCCAGACUGUGUGGAUGUUCAAACAAUGGUAAAUGAUUUGCUUCCAUAUUUCAUUGACAGUGAUGGCUGUUUCAAGGAGUUACUUUUGGAAGAACUGCCUGGCACUGCCCUCAUUGUGAGAACUUUAACCUAAGACUUCAUUCUGAACAAUUUGAAUAUAUAUAUCUAUUAAAUUUUUUGCAUGAUGCUUGGUCGAGACUUUAAUGGUUCCCUUUAUAUUUUUCUCUAACAGAGUCGGAACAAGCUGUGCACGCUUGUUUAGUUCAUAUCCACUGACUGUAAGUUAAUGGAUAUGUAGAAGUAUCAGUUUGUUAAAACAUAGUUAAACAAAGCCUUUAUUUACAUUGAGUGCCUUUUAGCUGAUGGACAACUUUGCUGAAAUGCAUAUAUAAGGCCACAAAGUUUUCUAAUUUAGAACUUAUUUUCUGUUAGAAAAUAUCUCCAAAUUAGAGGAUGGAGAUCAUGAUGGUCAUAUUCAGUGACCGUUAAUAAAAUGUGCACUAAGGGUGAAAUUAAACCACUCAACUGGUGGCUGGAAGAGUCACCAUGUGACUGUUUGCGUAACCUAAUGAACAAUAGAGAUCAGGCCACAUUUACCUAGUAUGGUCCAUAUUGUGUCCAACAGAAGACAAAAGAUUUUGGCAUGUUUUAUUUGUCUUUCUUUUUCUUUUUUUCUUUAUUAUUUCUUUUUUUUAAUACUUUUUUUUUUUGUUAAUUGGUUAAAGACCUAGGCCAUUGUUUGAACUUCCAUUAGAUGCUGAGCAGAGGCUCAUAACAUUCUGGGGGUCUUGUAUGUCUUUCGGAAUUGUUCAAAAUGAUAAAGUAUUUUUGUUUGUUAUUUUUGCUUGCAUUAGCUUGUUCGAUUUGAAUGUGCAAGUUUGUAAAUAGGACUACAGUGAUCAGUCUUUUUAAUUGUCAAAGAAUAGCAAUCACCAACAAUUUGUUCCACACUUCUGGUAUGUUCAAAUGUUUCAAAAGGCCAAUGCAUUUAAAUUUCUUUUCUUCACCAUCCAUAUACUCGUGCUCAACAAGAGGUAAGUAGUGCAUUAGAGCACUGCUACUGUGUGUCAUUUUCUUUCUCUGCAAAUCGGAGCUUGUUUUCAGCAUUAAAUGGCUUUAAAUGAACAUUUCUGGAGGCUUUUUCUCUUGAUGAAACCGAACCAUUGCAAAGUGUCCUUUAGUAUGCAACCCCGCUCAAUGGCUUCAUUCAAUAUUGUAUAUAUUAUGUAUUAUUAUUUUAUCUUCUAUCUAUUAUUAAAUGGUAGAUCUCUUACUUUGUACAAUUCUCAUGUACAGAUGAAAAUGUUAUUAGCAACUACAUACAGUUGAUAAAGUGGCACACACAUCUGUACAUGUUACUAUUUGCAUUAGAAAUGUUUAGAGGUUAAAGGCUAUUUUUAUCAAUUUGUAACUCAGAACUUUUCAUUUCAGAAUUCUGUCAUCUGUGAUGCAAUCUGUCCUACAUUUAGCCUUUGUGUGUGCUCUUAACCAUUCUCAACUGGUGUACAUCUAUAGUAAAUAAAGAAAAUUGGUCAGUUUUA